AUGUGCAAUGUCUCGAGUUUUGAUCGUGUUGCAGAGUUCGACGGAGAUGAGACGAGAGUGACGACCGGAGUUGCAGACCAGGAGACGGAGAGGAACUCACGAGAACGAAACUUGCCCCUUAUCUUUAGUUCCCGAAUUAAAAUGGGCGGAUCUGAAAUUUCAAGAUCAGAGGAGAGAAGCAGUAUAGGAUUUGUCAAAAUGUUUGAAAAUAAUGUUGUAUUUCCUGGAUUUGCUGUUUGGAUCAAUCAGACAAUUCAAGAACCUCUUAAGGCUGAGUUCAAGAAAUUAAGGAAUGUGAAAGAGUUAAGCUUGGUUAAGUCAGUGUCAGAGAUAGAGACUAUUACUCAUGAUGAUCACAGAAAUGAGGAGAAGUUAGAGAAGCAAGUACAAGCUUGGAGAAAUAAUCCUUCAUGGACAGAUCAACCUCCUAAAGUUCAGGUGAAAACACAAAAUGGUUCGUUUUGCCAUUUAAACGUAGAGUUUAACGUAGGAUUGCCUCCUGAAUCAGUCUACAACAUUUUCACUCAUCCAGACAACAAAAGAUGCUUCAAGAACAUCAAGGAAUGCAUAUCAAGAAAAGUUUUGAUGGAGGAAGGACCAAAUCUGACCGUGGAGGUCAAGCAAGCAGCGGCCUGGAAGUUCCUUUGGUGGUCUGGAACUUUACCUAUACAUCUAAUUGUCCAAGAAAACCGAAAACAUCUCACCUCAAGGUACAAGCAAGAGAGCACAAUGUUCAUGAAAGUGUUUGAGGGUUGUUGGAGAGUGGAGCCAUUGUUUAUAGACGAACAUUUGUGUGAGACAACGAAGCCAAAAACACGAGAAGAUUAUGAUAGCUGUAGCAACGGAAGAGGAAGGAUUGGUUCCAAGGUGAUAAUGGAUCAGAUGUUUCAGCCUUCUGCUAUUCUAACACCACCGCCGAUUUCUUGGUACGUUCGUGGGAUCACCAUUAAUACUACAGAGAGUAUGAUCGAAGAUCUUCGCGCUGAAGCUGCAAGAAUCCGUGGAGGAGGUGGAGGAGGAGGCCAUGAUGAUGAUCAAGGACAAAACGGCGUCGUGUUGGAGAAGAAGAGCAAUGAUCAUGACGACAAUAAGGAGAGAUGGAGAUCAAGGAGGAACAAAGGGAGGAGAUUCACCAUUCAGAGAAGGAUGUAA